AUGUCAACACAAAUUCCAACGUCUACAAGGACUAUACGAAAACCAAGACCACUUCCUGAAAUCAAAAAUAACACCCCAAAAUACAUAGCAUUUGGUUUGGUCGGUGUAUCUUUUUGGGCGGCUUUUAUCACGAUCGCAUUUAAUCAUCAACGACAGGCAUCUAGCAUCGUAAAGAAUUCGAUUUUCCAUGUGAGAUACGAUCAAGAGGCGAAAGAAGUCUUGGGAGACAACAUCGACUUUGCCUCAUCAUGGCCGUGGAUUUCUGGAUCUGUAAACCAUCUUAAAGGGAAGAUUAAUAUAAGUUAUGAUGUCAAAGGAAGCAAAGGAAAGGGCAGGGUUCAUUUUCAUUCGGUACGUAGAGGUUACGAUCAAAGAUGGGAGGUAUUGGAAUUUUCAUUGACAAGUGAAGAUGGUAGAAUCGUGUACAUAAAAGGUAGUUCGGGAAAACUUGAGAAAGAUGCAAAUGAACCCAUUACUCGGUCUCUUACCUCGUAA